AGUCUCCCUUCUCUAUGCCCCUUUCUACAGUGUCGUCUCAGCACAGCACGUCAUCACCCGAUCGUGGAAAGGAGCUUUAUGCUGCAGGCGACUUUGAGGUUGUAUGGGAAACUAUUUCGCUGUGAUGGGAAAAAUAUUCAUUUUACUCUCUUCAAAAAUGAACUUGUUUUCGAAGAAGAGGAGGGUGAUAUUUUACCUUUUUUUCGUGAGCGAUUUUGCAUGUGACUUCUUCUAUUCGAUCGAAUUAGUUUUUGCUGAUUGUCGUAGUCGUUAAAUCAUCCAAUCGCAUUUUUUCUGAUGAUGAAUUCAGGGCGCGCUGAAAGCCUGGGAGAUGACUUUGAAAAGCAUCGGUUAUAUAAACAGCAAGGAAGCGUACGCUCAGGACUCGUCCAAGCAAAAUGAGGUUGACCAAAUAGCAACACGAGCAGAGCUGAAUGCUGCACAGGCUUGUUUACGUCUGAGGCGAUGGGAUGACGCCGUACGGCACUGUGACAGUGUGCUGAAGAAAAAUCCUCUGGAGGCCAAGGCAUUGUAUAGGAAAGCCACAGCACUUCGACAGAAAGGAGAAUAUGAAGAAGUUAGAAAAUGUAUUUCACAGCUGCAGAGCGUGAACUCAUCACUAGGGCAGUACUUAUUGCAAGCUGUUAAUAAAGAAGAUCGAGAGCACAGAAAAGAGGAGAAAAAGUUGUGGAAUGAUGCUUUCCGUAAUCUGGAAGCAGCGAAAGAUGUUACGCAGCGGGAAGAAUCUUGGUGGGAAAAGAUACGCCCAUAUUUCUGGUGUUGUCGUCGCAGAAAGCGAACGGAAAAAGAAGAGUGAAAACGUCCAAAUACUCGAUUAUUCGUGUUAGUUUUUCAUAAUC